AUGUCCAGCAACUUCCACUUCCGCAUCGCCACCACGGACGAUGCACCCCGUAUUCAAGACCUUAUCCACGCUGCAUUCCGCUUCACAGACGCAAGCAUCGACUGGAUUGGCUCCCCAGAGCUCGCAAACACAUUCGAAAUCCCCUUGGAAGUGAUCCUGAACAGAAUCACCGGGCUGGACAAUGUUUUUCUCGUCGCCAGCAGUAUCCCGGACGGCCCCAUAAUCGGCUGCGUCAACGUCUUCAAGAAGACCCCCGACUUUGGCCGUCUGGCUCUCCUGGCUGUUGAUCCCACUCUCCAGCGCUCUGGCUUGGGAAAGAAGAUGCUUGUGGUUGGUGAGGAGCAUCUCACGCGGGAGUUUGGUGUUGAGAAGAUUGGACUGAAUGCGCUUCACACGAGAAAGGGGCUUCUGAAGUGGUAUGAGAAGCAGGGUUAUGUUAAGACAGGUGCGAUUACCGAAUUGCCUAUUGAUAGAGCUCCUGAGAUUCAAGAGAAGGUGCUCCUUGUGGAGCUGGAGAAGAGUUUUGCUUGA